AUGAAGGCCAGAUCCCCUCCUGAAUGUAGGAGAAAUUAGUUAGAAAGAUCUUGUUGUGUGUGUUGAAGUUAUGAAAGCGUAUUAGUAUUACCUAUUUUCCACUUGAGUAUGUAUUUCCCAUAUUCCGUUUCGAUGGUGUCACGGACAGUCUCUGCAAGAAAGUCGGAGCAUGCUGCAGAUAGGUGAUAUCGAUCAUCUGGGCCUAAGUAUGAGCACAAUGGGUAAAGCGCUCUGUGUGUGUUUUUGUGACCUUUUCGAUCAAGAAGUCUGAUGUUAAGUUUUGUCACUUUUUCGUCCUUGUGACCUUCAAUGACAAUUGUCAGUGUUCCCUCGUCCCCGAAGUGGCAGAAAUUGUUUGGCAUCUUAAUUAUGUGUAUUUAAGACUUUGUUGCUAUUCCAUACCCUCAAGUCUUUUAUUUGCUGGCUGAUUACUUCCCUCAAUCCUAAUAAUUUACUUCUUACAACUUUGAACGGAGUAUGAUUUUUGUCCGUUUUUGCAACUCUAUCAACUAACUAUUUCUAGGGGGUACUUGUUGUUAAUGAGUUUGCCUGCCGAAAUUAAGGCUUCAAUAGUACAGAAAAAAGACUUAAGUUGACUUCCCCUCAUCACGAAUCUCCAAUUAUUGUAUGAGAUACUCAGCAUUUGUCGGAUUGCUAGGCAGUAAUCAGCAUCCAACUUCUGACCCUUUAUAUUCAACUUUUUGUUCAAUUCCGCUUUAACAUCUGCCAUUUUUUUGGGUGAGAUCCAAGGUUAUUCGCCAUGGAUAUAAUCUGUGAAAUUCUGCAAGUUUCAUGUUUGAUUUUUGAAGGAUUAGAUGAGCUUAAGUUAAUCGAUAAGAAAGUAGUACCGUUGGCGCCGAGUAGAUGCGGCUAGAUUGACAACAUUUCAAAAUUUUGUUGAAUUUUCCAAAAGAUUCUUUUUUCCCAGUCCCGAAGCGAAAAAAUUCAAAAUUUUUCAAUUUUCACAAAAAAUCCCUUUUUUCAAGUCCCGAAGCGAAAACAUUUCAAAAAAAUGUUUUUUCUUUUUUGGUAAAGGGUAACCUAUCCAGUUGGGGUAACCUAUCCUCCGGGUAGUUUUUUUCGGGGUAACCUAUUCUCGGGGUAACCUACCCUCCGCAAAUCGCUCUCUACUUUUUGCAUGGUCUCUAUCGAUUUUGUUGAAUAUUUUCGUUGAAGCAGAAUGCUGUACGCUUAAAAUUUUUUCUUCAGUGGGCUGUAUUCGCAAAAUUUGAAGAUAUAAUUUCAGUAAUACUGUGAGUCAUGGUCUUGUAAGUUUAGGAUUUUUUUGUGUAAAUUUUGCGAAUACAGUAAGUUUAGGAUUUUUUUGUGUAAUAUUCGUCAGAUUCCCCUUGAUGCACCGGUUUAUUUGCAAAGAAGAGGUUUUGUGACCCGCAACUAUCAUUAUACUAUUUUUUUCAACAAUUCGCAUUCCAGCAACCUUCUCCAUUCUCACGUCCCCCUUCUUAGUCCAGCACAACAUCCAGUUUGGCCCCGAAACGCCGGAACAAUGGCCACAAGACACUCUAAAUGAGAAGUAAUUGCACAAUGGGAGUGAUCAAUUGACCAGAAAAGGUAACGUCCAUUCAGGUUGUUUGUGGUGUAAACACGCGACGCUAUGCGUGUUGUUGUUUGGGCAGCGCAUAAAAUGGACCCUGGUAUUUAUUAUGCACUGCCAGUGGGGCCCGGAACUUGGGGUUGGGAUGGUCAGGGGUGGACUGUCAUCAUUUUUAGUUUGACUUUUGCUUAUCUGGUUCUAUUCUCCAUGAUGAUUUAUUCAUUUUUGACAUUUUUUUAUAACAAAGUCGAUUUUUUUGGUUAUUACGGUUAAUACUUGCUUUUGUUAUCAACUUUAUCCUUUCUGCACUCCAUUCCAGCCAUGCCCACCCCGAUCCGGCUCUUUGCCCUUUUUCUCGGCCUCGCAGCCUGCGCCCGGGCUAAUCGCGCAGCAACUCCGCCGAAUCGUCUCACUUUCUGCGAAUACCUGGAGAAGAUCGGCGUCAAGGACGACAGAUGCAGUCGGAAGGUCCGGCAGAUCGAGGACAUCGAGAAUCAGAACGGUAGGCCAAACAAGUGGGCGGAGUCGGGGAACGAGGGGCCGAUGAAAAGAAUCCGACCCCGCUUCUUGAUCGCGACCAUCUGGAGACGGGUCGAGAAGGACGACGAGGGGAUCCAGAGUCGGCUUCAACGAGACCGCGAACGUAUGGAAAGUAAUCUUCGAACUGGAGAAAACAAUGCAAAUAAUGAGGAGGAGCGGAAACAAAGCCAGAAAAAGGACGUCCCUCUAGGACAGGAUGAGGCCAAUCAAGAGGAAAAUCAAAUCAGAGGUGCCGCUCAAUCCGAGAAUUCCAUUUUCAAUCCAGUCCAGGCUCAGCCUAUCUUUCGACGGACUGAUUUCGGCACUAAAUCAAUGUCAUCUCCAUCUGAUCAGAAACCUCAGCCAGAUUCCACUCCAAAUCCGACUGUCGAAUUGACCAACAAUCUGAAUCAAUACCUGAACCACGAGAAUGGAAUGUUGAAGAUCAAGAUCUUCAAGUUGAAGCGCAAACAACGUCGUCUCAGGGCCAAAGUUCGCCUGCUGAAAUGGGCGGUGGCGUUGCUUCAGAAGCGGGAGGAGGAACGGAAGCAUCGGCCAAAGGUGUUCUUGGCCAAGUCCGAGCGUCUGACCACCGCUCUCUUCUCCGGGAACGCUGAGGCGCCUGUCGUCGCCGCCUCCGCUCACUUGGAGCCCCUUCCCUUUAGGCGUUCUCGGCACGAAUCUGAUGCCCCAAGGCACCGGCGUCUACAAGCAAUGCUACUUAAAGUACAAUCCAAGAAACUGUUUGCGUACGCCGUCCUGCGAAAGUAAUACGGUAGGUGCUUUCAAUAGCUCUAUAAAAAAUAUUGUCAUCAUUGUGUGUAUAGAUAUAAUAUGUAAUUUUAACAUAAUCAGGCAUUCCGAGCACUUCCCAAUUUACAGGGGAAGUACUCCAAGUGCGACGCUCAGAUUUUGACGAAAUUUGGCACAAAUUUAGAACAAUUUUAUCUAAGAUAUAUGCGAGAAUCCGAGCUCGCGCUUUGCAGAAACAACCGAGAUUUUUAGAUCGAAAUUUAGGACUUUUUGCCGAAUUUCGGCACGAAAAGUUUCAUGCCUAUUUCUAUCGUAAAGGAUAAUGUUUCUACAAAAAAUGAAAUUUUUCCGCACGAAACUGCCAAAGUUAUGGCCGAAAGUUUUUCUCUCUGACCGCUCUCCACGUUUGGCAUGCUCUCUCGGCGGCAAAAAUCGUUCGAUAUCUCGGCGUCGCCCGCAAAGCGCGAGGUAAAACUUUCAGGAAUUGAUAUUUAGUCCAUACCCGACGUGUGUGCAAAAUUUAAAGAAAAUCUGGGCGUCGCACUUGGAGUACCUCCCCUGUUAGUCGAUUACCAAAAAGUCCGGCUUUAAUGUGAAGCACAAUGUAAUUAUCCACCACUAACCCCAUUUACAGUUGUGUGUUGAUGUUGUCGGAAGUCCGUGUUGCGUCCAGCCUCGAGGCGUCUGUCCCACCACCCAACAACUCGACAUCAAAUGUGUCAAACACCGCUCCACCAACUGGUGCAACUCCAACCGAGAUUGUGCCAAGGACUCGUUGUGUUGCGACACGGGUUGUGGCUACAACAUGUGUGUCUCCAACGAGUUCCGUCUCACGUAG